CUAUAAAACCUUGGCUGCAGGUCGGGAGCCGCCACAGCACGUUCUCCUGUGACAUUUGGUGGAUUUACAGGCCACUGAGCAGCAGCACCGUGGACAUGGUGAAAUACUUUUCCGUGGACUGGUUGGCGCAGAGCCACAACAGUGGCUCAGCGAAGGAGGGGCAAAGAGCUUCCCCUGCGCACAGACCUCAUGUUCUCUGCAUGGUGCAGCCGAGCGCACCGGCUUUUGGUAAAGGUUACCUGCAGCCAAAACCCAAGUCGUCAAAGGCCGCUAAGCAGGGAGGGUCAGAUGAGGUCAGAGAACCGCAGAGCUCCCGCGUCGGCUCACCUUUGCAUCCAGCAGACUGUUCCUCCCCAAUUUCUGAAAUGAGCGGGUAUUCCUCCGGGUACGAGAGCGAAGCGGCAUCCUCCGAGUGGCCCUCAGUGGAUGAAGGGAAUGAGGCGGAGAAAGACGCGCCGCAGCGCCGAGUGCGCACCAAGUUCACUCCGGAGCAGAUCAGCAGGCUGGAAAAGAUCUUCAGCAAACACAAAUACCUGGACGCAGGAGAGAGGGUGAAGACGGCACAGAAGCUGAACCUCACAGAAACUCAGGUCAGGACUUGGUUCCAGAACAGGCGGAUGAAGCUGAAACGGGAAGUCCAGGACUACCUCGCCCCCCAGGUGUCCUUCCAGCCUCUGCACCCGGUUCAGUACCACCCCGUGCCCGCGCAGCAGGCCCACUACACAGCAUCCGGCCGCGGCCUUUACCCGCUGCCCGUCCCGCAGCUGGUCCUGGCGGAGCAGCUGACUCCUCACCCCGCGUCUCAGCUCAUGAUCCGGCAUCCACAUUUCUACUGAACAAACUCCCACAAGAGACUCUUCAUUCCG